AUGUGUUCAAAUGGUGUUCUUGAAGAGAUUUUAAUGAUUGCAAAUUCAUUUUGUGCCCAAAUUUUGACUGCUCUAACAGAAUACCAUAGUUUAUUGCGUGUAAGGUCAACAGGACAAUCAAUCCAACAUACUCUACGAGCUAUCGUCUUUGAUUUUGAGAAUCAUUCGGUCACCACCGACGCUAUCAGAUUUAUCGGAGCAAUCUCCAGCGGUGCACCGUCGUCUGGCGCCAAGAAGGGCGCCGUCGAUGCAGCAGAUUACGCCGGCUGGUUUUGUGUCGUUGCUUCUGGGGAUUUCUUUGGCUUUGAUGCUGUGCGGAUCGCUGACUUUUUUUAUUGGGUUCAUUCUGAUGCCUUGGGUUCUUGGAUUGGUUAUGGUUCUGUACUUUGUUGGGGUGGUCUCGAGCCUCUCAAUGAUCGGUCGAGCUAUUUUGUGCCAUGGGUCUGCUCCUCCUUCGCCAAAAAAGUGAUCCUUCCUGGAAACUUUUGUGAGGCGUUUUAG